CUUGUGGGGCCCACCAGAAUGGACGUCGCGGCGGGCCCACACGCCAGUGAACCGGUGGGACGGCACGCGUGGACUCCAGCUCUGCUUCAGUUCUCCCAGCCAUUUUCAAAUUUCGAAACCCGUGUCGCUCGCCUCCACCUAUAUAUGCGAUCGUCGCUGCUCCUCCUCCCCCCACACACGCAGCAGCAGCAGCGCACGGCACCUCGCCUCCGCCUCCCAGCCCCAGGCGCUGCAUGGGCAAGGCCUUCUCCCUCCUGCGCCCGGAGCCACAGCCACAGAGAGAGCCGGGGGAGGGGAUGGUGAUGGAGCUGAGGAAGCGCCCGCGGCCGCGGCGCCUCGACCCCGACUUCGUCUCGUCGCCGCCGCCCACGCCGCCCAGGAAGCGGCCGCGGAAGCAGGACGCGGAGAGGAAGCAGCCACCACGGCGGCCGGCGGCGGCGCAGAAGCCGCCAGCGCCGAGCAAGAGGGCCAGGUGCGUGCAGCAGGGCAUCGGGAGCCCCGUCGCCGGGCUCCAGCCUUCCAGGUGCUGCAGGAUCGUGGCGCCGCUCUCGCGCGUCUCCUUCAUCCCCCGUUCUCGCGUCCCCUUCAACUGGUAUGAGCCGGACAUCUGGACGGAGGUGGCCAAGCACCUGCACGGCGCUGACCUGCUGAGGCUCUCCGCCACCUGCCUCUGGUUCUUCCGCCUCCUCUACGAGGACUCCAUCUGGCGCUACGCCUUCCUCCGCGACCUCUCGCUCCGCACCAACGAUCCCAAGAUGCUCAGGCUCCUCCACGUUCCCCGCCCGUUCCACCGCUCCUGGCGCCUCCUCUACGCCACCGCCUUCGACGAUACCCAUGCGUACUGCUUCCGUCAGCCCGAGAAGCACAUUGAGUGGUUUCGCAUUGGUGGAUUCCUGAUGGACACGCCGAAGCUGCUGCUGACGGCCAAGCUGGCACUGCCACAGUGGAGGCCGAUCCUAGAUGAUGGCCCGGAGAUCUCCAUCGGAUUCAUGGGAGCCUGCUUGCUCACCAAUGUCCGCCCCGGCAUCUGGAUCGCUGACAUGAACAUGGUGCGAUGCCCCGUGUGCAACCUCAACAAGUGCGAAGGGACGAUGCAGGUUCUGGAUGCGCGGCACUGCGAGCUGUACCUGGAGAACAAGUUCAGGGAUGGGACCUGGGAGUACGAGGACCUUGGCAGUCACUUCAGCAAUGGGAAGCUGGAUACUGCCGCCGCUGCCAUCUUCAACUACGACUACAUCGAUUCCCCAUGCAUCAAAAAUAUUCUCAAUUCCAAGUCUUGGAUCCGGGAUCGCACCAACCUGCUGCCAAAGGGAUGCUUCACCCCGGUCGCUGUCGCCCUCAGCAGCAACCUCAAGCCCAACGAAGGGUUGCUGUCGAGGUUCCAGGCGAUGCGGGACAUGUCGAGGGGUGGGCAGAUCGUAUCUGUCAGGAUCACGCAGCAGCUCCUGUGAUUCGUUCGUGCUUGGUUCAUUUCUGGCUGGGUUCCUUGAUGCUGCGUUGUGGAAAUGUGUUAAUGCCUGGUAUUUAGUUUGCUCUGAUGCUAGCGCUGACAGGGGGAUAGUCACAAAGGAAGGGGUACAGUGGGGUAGAUAAAUUCCAUCGCAGAAAAAAGAGAGUAGAGUAAUUAAAUCGGCGAUUAGAAAAGGAAAGUAGGAAAUUGCACAAAUGGGGCGGGCUCUCUGUUGUUUGUUUUAUCGAUCAAUGUUUAAUGCAGUAUAUUUGUACUUCGUCGAAGAGCUGCACAGUUUUUUGAGCAUAUAUAUAAAUAUAUAUAGCACCUUGUGGAUUA